GCCGCCCGUGACGUCAUGCUGAGGCAGGGACGAGGAGGCGGGGCCGGAGGAGGAGGCGGUGGCAGGCCUCGUGGCCGCGCGGGGCACGCCGGGAGCGCCCGCCGGGGUUCAUCUGCGCGUGCGCGGGGCGACUGGGCCUUUCCUGCGCGCGAGGCGGCCGAGAUGGGUCACCAGCAGCUCUACUGGAGCCACCCGCGGAAGUUCGGGCAGGGGUCCCGCUCCUGCCGCGUGUGCUCGAGCCGCCACGGCCUGAUCCGCAAGUACGGGCUCAACAUGUGCCGGCAGUGCUUCCGCCAGUACGCCAAGGACAUCGGCUUCAUCAAGUUGGAUUAAGCGCCUGGCUACCACGAUGGCUUGAAGAGGACUGCAGACUUGGAAGCUUUGGCCUGAUGAGCCUCCCCUGCCAGACAUGCUUUUGUGUACAUAAAAAUAAAUAGGGUUUUGUUUGCCCUAAUUCCCAGCC